ACCACUCCCCAUCACCUCCUUUCUUUUAUCUUUCUUUAUAUCAUCUUCUCAUCUUUAUAUAUAUAUAUAUAUAUAUACACACACACACUCACACACAUACAUAUAUUAUAGAGAAAAGUAGGUUAUAUUAAUUUGAGAGAAAAAGAGGGUGAUAUCUCUGAUCAUUUGUGAAGUCCUCUCUAUAUUUUGUGAUACUGUGAAGAUGGCAGAGAGAAGGUGCAAGAGGCAUCCAGAACAUAAACAAACAAAAGGAGUAUGUCCAAACUGUCUAAGAGAAAGAUUGGAUCAGCUUUCAGCUUCAUCUUCAUUAGAUGCUUGUUCUACCAGUUCAUCAUCAUCAUCUAUGUCAAGUAGUGUGUCUGAGUCACCAAAGAGACAGCAAGAGACUCUUAGGAAAAGUAGGUCCUUGGCUUCAGUUAUAGGGGAGGAGGUGAAGGAGGAGUUGAGAGAAAAGAGGAAGAGUGAGAUGAAGAUGAUGAAGAAUAAGGAGAAGAAGAAGAAGAAGGAGAGGUUUUGGGCAAAGUUGAUUAGUGGUGGGAAGAGGAGAGAUGGACAUGAAGAUGGUGAUGUUUCUUUGAAGCAUUCAAAGACUUUGAAGGAGAAGUCUUCUUCAAGUUUUUGGCUUAUUUUCUCUUAAUUUUUAUUUUUAGUUUUUUAUUGGUUGGGUUGAUUCUUUCUGGAUGUUAAAUACAUGUUUUGGUUUACUGAAUACCUUGUGUAGUUUUCUUUUCCAUAUUUUAAAUGAAUAUGGAUAAUUAGUUAAGGAAGUGCAUGCAUUUGGUUAAACUUUGUAUGGGUUGUGUUGGGAUUUGGUUUGUAUAUAUAUUAUGUUUUUUUUA